UGGACCUUCCAUACUUUUGCAGGCCGUGGUUGGCAAAAAUGCAGUUUGCCAACCAAGCGCAGAAAGAUCUAUGUGCAAACGCCAUUUUGUGAGUCCGAGACUUCAGGAGGAACUGGAUUGAAGAAAUGGCCCUAUCAGAGCCGGUUUGCCUAAAAGACUUUGAACCGCUUGCUCGUGCGUCCCUGCCUCAAUUGACCUAUGAGUAUUUCAGAGGUGGCUCUUACCCGGAACAGACUCUUAAAGACAACGAAUGGGCUUUUCAGAGGUACAGACUGAGGCCCCGCCUACUACGAGAUGUCUCUAAACGAGACAUGCGCACCAACAUGUUGGGUCAAGACAUUGCCUUCCCCAUAGCUGUAGCACCUACGGCGAUGCAUUGCUUGGCACACAACGAUGGAGAAUUGGCCACCGCUAAAGCUGUCAAGUCUAUGGGAACUGGAAUGGUCCUAAGUGCCGGUAGUACCACGCCCAUAGAAGACGUAGCUGCAGCCUCGUCCCCGAAUGGUAUGCUUUGGGCUCAGGUUCAUCUGUUCAGGGAUUUUAACACGGUCCGCAUGGUCAUCAGGAAAGCUGAAGAAAACGGAUACAAAGUACUAGUGGUGACACUAGAUUGUCAGGUGUCGCGAAGAGAGACUUGGAAGCGAAUGAAGCUCCCGCCAGGAAAGAGGCUGUGUAAUUUUCCUGACACCGACCUCGCAAAUCUUGUGUCAGUGACUAGUAACGACAAAGUCACCUGGAAGGACAUAGACUGGUUAAACAGCAUCACCUCCCUGCCUAUUGUACUCAAGGGUAUUCUCACUGGAGAAGAUGCUCGUGAAGCCUUGAAACAUAACAUUGCUGGAAUUAUCGUCUCAAAUCAUGGCGCUCGAAACUUGGAUGGAACUUUAGCUACGAUCGAUGCGCUAUCUGAGGUAGUUGAAGCGGUGCGUGGUGCCAAUGUUGAGAUCUACCUUGAUGGAGGAGUACGGACAGGCACCGAUGUGUUGAAGGCGUUGGCCCUGGGAGCUACAGCCGUCUUUAUCGGUCGGCCGGUUAUCUGGGGACUCGCCUAUGAUGGCGAAGAAGGAGUAAGGAAGGUUCUUGAAAUCAUCAGGGAUGAGUUCAGUUUGGCCAUGGCACUUUCAGGAUGUUCCAGUCUGAGUGACAUCACACCAGAUCUCGUCGUAAGGGACCCACGAUACGAUGCCAAACUGUGACAGCGCCCUCUCCAGGUCAUUUGGAUGCGUGACAUAAUCAUUGGAAGUUGGUCUCUCAACUCAAUUUGUGUCCACCUUCACCCCUUCUUCCCCAGAGUGGAAUCUCCAGUUUAAGUCAAUAAAUCAGUGCAUUGUGUUUUCUAUCAUGAAAAAUCACAUUAAUUUGGUGACUGUUGUAUGCAAGAGCGUGGCCUCGAAUAGUAACUAACAUUUCUCUGAAUUGUCUUCUUUUUUUGGUCUUACUAUACAGACCUAUAUGGUUAUAGACUUUCUGACAAACUGUUGUUUUGAGGUAUUUGUA